UCACAGUGGUAGAACAUAGAACAGCGGAAUAAUUACUUUUGAGGAGUCAGGCAACAGAAUCAGAGCAAGUCACUCCCUCUUACCAUCAGAGACCUGCUCAGUUGAGGAUGUGUCAGAGGAGGAUUUGCAGGAGAAAGCACUGAGCUCAGCCAGGCUCUCUCUGAGUGGGAAGACAUAGUUGGAGAGAGCAGCCGUCUUACAUCAUCACAUCGGCAGCAGAACCAUGGGAGACAUGGUCAUCGAGACCUUCCCACCCAAUCCUGACUGGGGCAGAGGGAGAGGAGGGUGGAGGAGCCCAACCCCUAGAGGAUCAACCAGACGGGAGGGGUCCUACUGAGGGCCCUACAGAAGUCAGUGCCGAGGGCACAGAGGUGGCUCCAGACUCGCCCUCCAAGCAGCUUCCAGACCAGAUCUCCUUCUUCAGUGGAAACCCCUCAGUGGAGAUCGUCCACGGCAUCAUGCACCUCUACAAGACCAAAACCUUUGGAUCUGUCUGAUCUGUGGUCAUAUCGGCUGCGGUCGCUAUGUCAGUCGUCAUGCCUACAAACACUUUGAGGAGACGCAACACACGUACGCCAUGCAACUCACUCACCACCGUGUCUGGGACUAUGCUAUGGGCGACCAGGAUGUUUAUGACAGAAUGUUUGGGUCCCAGAUAGACAGAGAGAUGGACAAGGAUAAUGAUGAAGAAGGAGAAAGUGAAACGAGGGGGUCAGGGAAAGGCGCUCAGAGUUUCUGCCAGUUCUCGUCCUCUCUGCGUACUGUGGUUCGCAUCAAACAGAAGUACCAGGCCAUGAAGAAACGACGGCUGGAGUUGGGCGGGCUGGGGGGAGGAGGGCUAGUGUUAGGGGCUGGUCUCCACACUGGUGCCCCUGUUCGCAGCAGCCCCAAAAUCUUCACCUUCGAGACCCCCUCCAGCUCCCCCUCUGCCUUAUCGUCGCUCUUCCAAAAGAUGAAGAAGAAGAAGUCGCGGCGGGUCAUGUUCCCCAGUGGAGGGGGGCGCAAGGCCCCCGUAGUACAGGAACACAGCCGAGCAAAGAUCUGCCUCUUCCUCCUCUGCACCAUCCUCUUCUUCCAGGUGUAUAAUGCCAUAGAGAACCUUGAUGACCACGUCCUGAAGUAUGACCUGGGGGGAUUAGAGAAGACUCUGUGUAGGGAGGUGUUUGGUCAGCAGGGAGCGAUGGAUGCUCUGUUAGCCCAGCUCAGAGACUACCUCUCUACCUACGUCCACAGUAAACCCUUGGUCCUCUCCUUACACGGACCCAGUGGCGUGGGGAAGAGCCACGUAGGGCGACUCCUGGCUGGCCACUUCCGCUCGGUGGUAGGCGAGCCCCUGGUUAUACAGUACUUUGUGUUGCACCACUGCCCCCUGGAGGACGAAGCCUGGCGCUGCGCCCGAGCCCUGUCGAUCUUAGUGUCAGAGACAGUGCUGAGAGCAGAGGAGGAGGAGAAAAUUCCUAUUUUCAUCUUUGACGAAGCAGAGCACCUUUACCCAGAGCUUCUUGAUGCAUUGAGUGACUUGGUCCGCUCAAACCGCUCCAACGAAUACCUGAACGCAGUCUACCUGUUCCUGAGCAACCAAGGACACACCCACAUCACCAUGCACCUGCUGUACAACUCCUCCAGCGACUCCAUGAUGACCGCAUCUGGACACCACGGCAAACUCGUCAAGGAGCUGAAUCCGUUGUUGCGCAACACUCUGGUGAAGCUCCACCCACUGUGGGCAGAAGCUGAACUCUUACCAAUGAUCCUGCUGGAGAAAGGUCACGUGAUGGAGUGCUUCCUGGAUGAGAUGACAAGGGAGGGAUUCUACCCGGACCGUACCAACGUUGAGAGGCUGGCGGGGGAGAUAGAGUACUACCCUGUGGUAGGGGGCCACGUGUAUGCCCGGACAGGUUGUAAACAGGUGGUUGCUAGGGUCAACCUGCUAUGAGAGACUUAGAACUGCAGGGGAAUGUUGUGAUUAGAUGAGAUGUCUCCUGAGAAAAGACAGUUCUGGUCCAUAUCCUUUUGGUGUUUCUUAUGAUCCACCAAGCAAACAUUACCAACGUUACAAGCCAGAACCCAUCCUUGAAAAACAUUUUUAAAUAAAAAGGUAUAUGUCUGAGAAUGAGGAGUAUCUCCAUGACGGCUAAUCAUGUCCGAUAAUCAUGUUUUCUACGUUCUGUAACUGAACCUCCCAAACAAGACCCUUGAUUACUGGACGAAUAGAUAAUUACCAUUUUGGUAUGAGAGGGAAAAGAGAGAGGUGAGGUUGGGAUAAUAUCCUAGCCUGCACAUGUACAGAGUGAAGUCACAAUCAGAUGUUAUGGUGAGACACGGCUGUGCCCUUCUCCCACGACGCUGUUAGUCAAAAUACUGACGGUAAUAGACAGACCCACUCCUGAUAGAGGACGAGAGAAGUGAUUGGACCAAAUGAGUCUGGCUGUGGCAUUGACAACAGCAGAUCAGGAAAAUGUGAUGCAGUAUUUGAUGCAUUUUGUCAACAAAAAUAAUGUAUUGAUUAAACUAUCAUCCUGUCUAAAUGA